UAGAAUCACUUUCUCCGUGGCUAGAAUGUAGCGCGUAAGUGCUGAUAACGCGGGAGAAAUGCUGCCCAGCGCUGUGAACUAUCUACGCGGGACCCUUCUACAGUUAUGAUCGUCUAGUGCUCUUGUUCACAGCUGUUAACUUGCGCCGUCGGCGAAAGCAGCGAAAUGACCACAAAUAACCCGUCGUCUUCCGAAAUUGAAUGUGGAGAUGAAGAAGUUCCGCCUUCGCCGAGAGAUCAUGGAAAUAAACUGAGGCGCACACGCAAUCUUGCUGGCUUUUGGUUGUUGGGACUCUGUAACAAUUAUGCAUAUGUUGUCAUGCUCAGCGCUGCAUUCGACAUCCUCAACAAGGAAGUCGGUCCUCACAGUGUCACGGUAGAUCCGCAUCCCCCCAACAAUACAAGAUGCAAUCCGACGUCCACGGGAGCAAUUCUACUUGCGGACAUCUUGCCUGCACUUUUUAUCAAGCUCACUGCUCCUUUUCUCAACAUAAAUACAAGUGUUCAAGUCACAGCGGUUGUCCUGCUUUCCUGCUCAAGUUUUUUAAUGACCUCUUUUACAAUAGCCAAAUGGAUGUCCUUCCUUGGUGUUGUCUGCGCCGCCCUUGGGAGUGGUCUAGGCGAGAUAACCUUCCUAGCCUACUCUUCUCACUUUGACACAGACGUGAUAUCAACGUGGUCAUCAGGCACAGGUGGUGCAGGUGUACUUGGUGCUUUUUCGUACGCGGCCAUGGCGUCGGUCCUUACGCCCGAGACAACCCUCCUUGUUAUGCUGUGCGUGCCAGUGCUGCUUGCAAUCAGCUUCUGGGGAAUCCUGGUACGCCCCAGGACGGAUUCACGGCGGCCCGUUGCCGUGGCUGUGCCCGACGAAGAGCCUCUCCUUCUGAGCUGUAGCGGUUGCUCUGAAGAUGAGAACAACACACUCACCUUUGUGCAAAAGCUCAAGCUCAUGAAGCCACUGCUCAGAUUCAUGAUUCCCCUUGGGUUUGUGUACUUCGCUGAAUACUUCAUAAACCAGGGGCUGCUGGAGCUAAUCGUGUUUAGGAAUAUAACGCUUACGCACAAGGAGCAAUACAGAUGGCUCCAAGUUAUGUACCAAGUUGGUGUGCUCAUUUCUCGGUCUUCCGUUAAUGUCGUACAAAUACGAAAGCUGUGGCUGCUUCCAAUACUGCAGUUCGCCAAUGUGGCCUUCAUCUUUUCGGAGGCCUACUUCCUCUUCCUGCCAAGCUUCUGGAUUGUAGUUGUCAUUGUCCUGUACGAAGGUCUCCUCGGUGGCGCUGCGUACGUCAACACUUUCUACCGCAUUUCAAAGGACGUUCCAAGGAAGAAAAGACUGGAUUACAGCACAGUUUUAGUUUGCAGCCACUCAAAUGGUACAACACUGUGUUUGUUGUGUAUACAUUAUAACAGGUAUCAAAUCUUAAUUCUUAGUCAUGUGCUCAGGCCCAAGAAAUGUAGUUUUCUUUUUUUUCUACACUUUUUAUACCAACUUUACAUCCACCUCAAAAUGUUGUGCUGUACUUGUUAUUUUGCGCACCAGGAGUAGAUUAUCUUGGUUCACUUUUUACGGCUGCUGCUGUUUGUAUUUACAGCAUCUCCAUUGCAUGACUAUGGUGUUGUAGGACAACAGCCAUAUUUUGACAGUUACAUGCCAUACUUUAAAAAAUUUUACUGACUAAGUGUUUGUGCAUGUGAUGGCAUGGCUUUUACAUGGACGCGUUUUCUUGCAUACAGCACACUACAUUCUUAAAGGGAACACCAAAUUGCUAUUUUAGUAAUGAUCACUGCUCAGUUCCGACACAAAUACCCUGGCAAUAAUAUUUUACCACUAUAUUUGAAUAGGUCUUAAACACCUUUUUUCGGUAAUGCUGAUGAUGUAUUUGAAGUAAUGUCGGCUCGAAUUGUGUGUUCUCUUUAAGAACGGACUAUGUUGUAUGUGAUUAAUUUGUCUUUUGUUUUAUGUGGUGCUGAAUAUUGGUGGCACAUGUGAUACAUGGACUCCUUUUAGUCCUUGAGCACUAGUGUAGCAAGCGCAUGUGUGAUGCGGUGACAUCUAUUCACACCACUUGAUCAGGCCAUAAGGAAUUAAUGAGGCCAUUGUGUGAAUACAUUAAUGUUUUGAGAUAUCUCUUUAUUGUAAUGUUUCAUUGGCCUAAUGCUUUGUUGGAACACUACUACAGUGUGUGAAAACAUGUCUUACUGUAGCCCAAUGUAUACACGUUUGAAUGAUAUUUUUAGUAUAUGUGACCUGAAAGGUGUCGAAGGAUUGUACUAACCAAAUGCACAUUUUAACUAGGAGCCCAAUCAGGCCAUGGUUUGCCAUCAUGUCUUGCACUUUUUACUACACUGUUUACUGUGUUGUUCUCAUGGUAAUGGCUUUCGGCAUCAGUGUGUGUGGUACAGUAGACUCUCGUUAAAUGGAACCUAAAGGGACCGGGAAAAUGUGUUCCAUUUAACAGGAGUUCCGUUUACUGAGAGAUGAACAGGGUGCAGAAUUCAUGUACGAAACCAAUCAUAUCAGAUUCAGUUGUUCCAUUUAAGCAGCAGCUCCGUUUAACAGAUUUCCGUUUACUGAGAGUCUACUGUAUUUUAUUCUCAGAGGUUAUGGCUGUGUUGUAUGGUCUAAUACCAUUCCAAUGAGCAGAGACAUACCAACAGAGAUGUACUGUGACUCAUAUUGGUGGUGAAUAAUGAGUAACUCGCCAUGGUAACUCAGCAGCAAUGGUGCUCUCAUGCACUUCUAUGCAUAAGGUCAUGGGUUCGAUUCCUGGCUGCUGUGGUGACAUUUCGAUGUAUGGGAGUUUGAAAAAAAGAGAGAGAGGGAGAGUUUUAACAAAAUGUCAGCUAACGCUGCCAUUUGAAAGAAGGCCUUUCCCAUAUCUCGUAUAUGGGUCAUUUCUGAAGAGGAUUGGGCGUCAGAAUUCCAGAAUUCCAAUACCGAUCUCCACAAUGAUUGAAAUCAGGACGCUGAUCCUAAGUAUGGAGUUCUUGUUCUGCUGUUCUGUUUCAAGACAAGGUGACCACAAGGGGUGCCUCACAAAAAGAACUGCUUAAGACCAGUCACGUCUGUGUUGCUUACCCGAACAAAGUGUUAUUAAUCUCGAUAGGCGAGAAAAUAAUGCGAGAACCACUUAGCAAUGUCAUAAACAGUCACAAAGUCAUACAAAAAAUAUGGGACGAAGAUUCAUGUGCGGGCCGCGGGCAAAAGGACCGGUGGACCACGUGUUUGAGACCCCCGACUUAGACUAAUGUUGAGCACAGCUCAGCUAAUGGAUCGCGAGUUAAUUUGAACCAGUUUCUGUAUUUACUAAUGGUAAUCGGAUACAAUGGACACAUUUUUGCUUUAUGCAAGGUUCCGUUAUACUAAAUUAAAUUGUACUGGAAUUCUGUACUGUUUUAAUGACCCCGGAUUAAGCCUUAAUUGGUCCAGAAGUACCAAAGGAUCAGCUAUAAUAUGAAUUGACAAUAUGGCUGUUGAUGCCCUAACAUUUGUAAUCUGCUUUCUAUGUAAUGACCCUGCAUUUAAUUAUGUAAACACAUUGACCUCUGAUAUCUUUGUCACCUUUGUAGAAACACCAGUAGACUCGUGUUAAUAUAUACUGAAAAAGUAGAAGUGUUGGUUUUAACAAUCGGGAAUAGUGACAAUUAAUCAGCACAUUGAUGUUGUUUGAGAUUGUUUCUGUUUCGAUCUCUUUUCACAUUGUGCAUUCAAUAAAAUUCGGUGAUUCAUGGAUGAUGGCAGGUUCGGAAAGCUAUGUCUUAUUUCAGCAGCAGAACGGAAAAUAAUAAGUAUAACAUUAAGAGAAUGGAAGACAGCAGAACCAGUAUCCUAGUCGACACUAAGAGGGAAAAAAAGAUUGAGCUAAGCAUGUAAUGUAAGCACAUAGGACAGGUGACUGGUGGUCAGUUAGAAUGACGGAGUGGGAACCAAAGGAUGGAAAGCAUAGCUGAGGAUUGCAGAAAGUUAGGUUUAGUAAUGACCGUAGGAAAUUUGAAUGUAUAAAAUGGAGUCAGCUUGCGUAAAAGAGGGUUAAUUGAAGGCCUUUGGGAGAGGCCUCCAAUCCUGCAGUGGCCAUGAUGAUAACUGUCUUCUGUAGUUGCUAUGCAAGUUCUUAUGCUAUUUGUCUCGUAAACAAUCUCUAUUUGACUGUUUUUGGGCACUUUGCCCCACCCAGUUCCUUUCCAUAUUGUGUGCUAGAUGGGUUUAUACUGAGUGGCAAAUUUCUUGCUUUCCUUCAAAGUGGGAAGCUAAAAAGUUCUAAUAAACUGUUGAUACCAUUAAGUGCCUUCAAGAUGCUUUAAGAAUGACAUUAAUUGACUAGCGUUGCUUGAAUUAACUGGAAUGAUUUGUUUGAAUUAUUGCAUCUACUGUAGAUUGCAAUGUCAAGCAAGCUCUGAAGUUGCUACUGUGUUGAAAUGUGUGUUAGCCCAGAACUCCCAACAUUUUGUAUGGGAAGAGAGCAUUGAGAGAAAUCCAAGUCAUUUGAGCCUGCUUAUUUUCUUAUGUAUAUUGCAGGCAUUUGUGCUAUUAUGCUUGUCAAUAAAAUGAUUUACCAGCCAA